UUACCCGGGGUAACAGCAGAGGCGCUUUACGGCGACGGCGGCUGAGUGUGAGCCUUGGCGGCGGAGGCGGCCGCGGCGGCGAAGGAGGCGGCGGCGGCGGCUGAGGAGAAAGAGGAGUGCCGGCAGUGGCGGCGGGGACCUGUGCCGGGAUGGCGGAGGUACCGCCUGGGCCUAGCAGCCUCCUCCCACCCCCGGCACCUCCGGCCUCGGCGGUGGCUGAGCCCCGCUGUCCCUUCCCGGCGGGGGCCGCCCUCGCCUGCUGCAGCGAGGACGAGGAGGACGACGAGGAGCACGAAGGCGGCGGCGGCAGGAGUCCGGCGGGCGGCGAGGCGACGGUGGCGGCCAAGGGGCAUCCGUGCCUCCGGUGCCCUCAGCCGCCGCAGGAGCAGCAGCAGCUCAACGGAUUGAUUAGCCCCGAACUGCGGCACCUCCGGGCGGCCGCCUCUCUCAAGAGCAAGGUUUUAAGCGCGGCUGAGGCGACCACGGCCACCCCAGACGGGGGCCCCAGAGCGACUGCAACAAAAGGAGCCGGGGUACGCUCGGGCGAGAGCCCCCCUCACUGCCUCCCCAGCAUUGCAAGAACUGCGCUCCCCAGCCCCGCAGAGGCAGCGUCGGCGAGCGGUCCCGCGGCGGCCCGCAAUGGACUGGCGGAGGGCACCGAGCAGGAGGAGGAGGAAGACGAGCAGGUGCGGCUGCUGUCUUCAUCCCUGACCGCCGGCUGCAGUUUAAGAAGCCCCUCAGGCAGGGAGGUUGAGCCUGGGGAGGAUCGGACGAUACGUUAUGUCCGAUAUGAAUCCGAGCUACAAAUGCCCGAUAUCAUGAGACUGAUCACCAAAGAUCUGUCUGAACCCUACUCCAUUUAUACCUAUAGAUAUUUUAUCCACAACUGGCCACAGCUGUGUUUCUUGGCCAUGGUAGGGGAAGAGUGUGUAGGUGCCAUCGUUUGCAAGUUGGAUAUGCACAAAAAGAUGUUCCGCAGAGGUUAUAUAGCCAUGUUAGCCGUGGAUUCCAAAUACAGGAGAAAUGGCAUUGGUACUAACUUGGUUAAAAAAGCUAUAUAUGCCAUGGUUGAAGGAGACUGUGAUGAGGUUGUUUUGGAAACAGAAAUAACGAAUAAGUCUGCUUUGAAACUUUAUGAAAAUCUUGGUUUUGUUCGAGAUAAGAGGCUUUUCAGAUACUAUUUAAAUGGAGUUGAUGCACUGCGACUUAAAUUGUGGCUGCGUUGAGAAACUGACAUCAAGGAACAACUUUCCAACCACACGGAAUCGACCUUUGCAUGCAAUGCAAUUUGUACAGAAUUGCUUUGCCAGGUGGAUUUAGUAAUUUCCAUGCAGUUCUUAUCUGUCAGUGUCUCAUUGAGUGUCGCACAAUAUUUGUUGCACUUUGGCAUGGCGCAUUUGUUCUGAAUUAAAAGAGAUUGUUUUAAAUUUAAAGAGUUUUUUUGGUACCAACAAGAUGUGCCAGUUGAUAGCCAAGAUUUGUUUGUUGAUUUACAGUCUGCUGACAAUGUUAUUUACACAGUGAUCAAUUUACCACAGAACCAGUAAGUGGAACAUGAUUUUUGUUCCUUAAAAAAAAGCCAAUGUAGAUUGUAAAAAUUUAAGUAUACUAACAUUUCACAUGAAACCUGCCAUAGUUUUUUGAAGGGGGUGGGGGGAAAAGCUUCAAUUUUAGGUUUUAUUUUUUCAAUAUUAAAUUUUCCAUUCUUGAAUAUUGGUACCUCAGUGAUUAGUGAAUGAAAAAAUUUUAGGAUUGGUUGUGUCUUACAAUGAGUAAAGAUAACAAUUAAAUUGCGUCUGCCAGUGCCUGUGUAGAUAAGUAUAUUUGUCUUCAUCUCUAGUUUUUUAAUGCAUGCUACCUUUUCCUUUUCUUUUUUUAAGGCCUUUGCAAGCAAACUUGUGGGUUUUUUUUUUUUUAAUUUAAAUUCUAAAUUUGAUAAUAAAUUAUUUCAGAUUUUUAUAAUUUGGAUACUUUUUCCAGGUGAGUGACAGAGUGGUUUACUUUACAGUAAGAAGUUGAAUCUACUCGGAAAGUCUUUGAAAAAUGGCUCCAAAGGGGAUGAGAAAAGUUGAUGGAGCCGGUAAUUGCUGGGUUUUGGAUGCACUUUUUUUUUGAGAGUGAGGGAAUAUUUGGAAAAGAAUAGAAAAUUAAUGUAAACUGAUAUGAUUUUAUUUAAUCAAAAUUAUUGCUAAGCUGUGAAGAACAGCUUUUACAAUGUAGUUGGAACUUUUUUCCCACUUGAUUAGGAUUCACAUUGCUUUCAUUUCCUAAAAUGUUUCACUUUUGGUUCUUGGUCUUGGAAAUAAAUUUUAAGGUGCAUUGUAUCAAUUUAAACUGAUUUUAUUUCCACUUAUUUGAGCAAACACUUGGGGGAGCUUUGUUUAGUUCCUAGAAAAACAGCAGGGAGAAAUGGAAACUUUUUUUGGAAUGAGUUCUUAUGGAUUUUCAAUAGCCAUCACCAUGUUCAUUAGUUACAUCGUGUUUUGGCCAGUCUGUGCACUGUAACAAAAUUAAAGUUAAUUGCUUUCCAUUGAAUCAGGAAAUCUGUGAUGGAUAAUUUAUUUAACUGGAAAACCUAGGAACCCAUGAAAAAAAAAAGAUUCAUUCUCUGUGAAAAAUGUUUUAUAGGAACCUAUGUUUUCUUUCAUUUGGCUAUGCUUUACUUCUGCUCUAGGAUUUGGUUUGAAUUUUAUUUUAUGACUAUGAUUACUGUAUUUUUUUAAACCCUACCUCCAUUAACAGUUGGUAAAAGCCCCCUUUCAGGAAAGUUUGUUGUCCUUUUUUUUUAUUUUUAAAGGAAAGCUGCUCUUUGCUCAGUGUAAUGUCUUGAAAGUGAACACGGUAACAAAUACUUUUAAAAUAAAGAUACACAGAUUUGGUGAAAUAAAAUCUUUCUGCUGGUGGGAUCAUUUAUAGUUCCUUAUUAUUAAAGAAAACUUUUUCCAUUUUAUAUUGCUCUUGAAAACUUAAUGGGCAGAAUACUGGUUACAUUAAAAAUAUGACUGCACAAUACUCAGCUUUUCAGCUAGCCAUUUUGAGUAUGUUUUUGGUCAAACUUCAUUUGGGCUCUAGGACUUAGAGGAUUGCCAAUCAUUCUGAUGCUUCUGUCAUUUUUUAAUAUGGAGGAAACAACUAAAACAGUGCAGUGCUUAACAUAAUCAGAUUUUCUCUCACCACUUUAUAUUUGACUUGCUGGUUCAUAGGUAAUGGUUGUUGAUGUACAUACAUUUGCUUGACUCACUAAUGGGGACAGUUCUAAAGUAGAUACAUGCUGGGUUUUCAGUUCAACCAUUAUAUUUUUGACAGGUUGUCAAUGAAACCAUCACUGUUGACCUUUUCCCUCAGAAUUGACCAAGCUUUGCCAAAUUGACUGGAUGUUUAUAAAUAUGACCAUAGCCAUGUGACUAAAAAGACAUAUGGUUGCCAUAUUGGUGGUUUAUGUUGAAUAACUGUCUACUUUAUGUCUUUAAUUGGGUAUGCAAAAAUUGUUCACUUAAGUAGACUAAAAUUUUAACCUCUAGGAUGAUAACCCAGCACCAGAACUAAGUCUCUAUUCCAGUUGAAAGAGCAUUAAUUUACUUUUUGAUAUCGGGCUUUUAUUUUUCCCACAUAAUCUUAAAACAAUUCCAUUUAAAAUUGAUAAGAGUGAGUUCACUUGGCUAAAACUGAGCAAAAUUGGUGCAACUUUCUUUUGAAGGGGUGCUGCCUCUUUAAGACUGACUGUGCUAUCCACUGACACUGGUUUGGCAGUUGAUACUGCUGAACAUUUUUUAUACAUGCUACCAUGAAGCUAUGUAUGUUAGUAUUGAAGAAGCUAACGGGUAUACUACCAUUUUUGAUGUGUGGACUGAUUAUAAUUCUUCUUAUGUUAAAAUAAAACUAAAGAGAAAUCCACAGAUCAGAAACCAGAGAGUAGUUUUUGAAGUUGAAGCCAGCAAAAUUAAAAAAAGAAAGAAAAAAAUUACUAUUAAAAAUUUGGUUUUAGUAUUUUCUGCCUCUUCCCCAAAUUACCCUCUCCACUUGCUUGACAAAUCUGUGUAAAGGAGUUUGUUUGUCACAUGUUUUAACUUUACCUUGCCCUGUCUUAUGGUAUUGGCUGACAUGUAUAAGACUGGAUGUGUAUAUUAUGGUGUCUAAAAAUCAUGAAAUUCAUCACUUUUCAGGAGCAUAGAUAAAAGCAAAUUGGUAGUGCAUCAGUUAUUUUUCAGUGCACCGUGACAUCACUAAAAUUGAGUGCUAAAAUGUUACAGGGCUUUCAGGUUUGUAAAAACAUAACCAUAAAUUAUAUUGACGUCAGAUAUGAGUUUGAGUAUCUAUAAAAUAUCACGUGUAUCUCAAAAUAUUGGACUGCUAUUUGAUGACUGGAUAUUGCUGCAUAAUUUUCUUCUAUUGUCCCGUAUCCUUUUGGAGAGAGAGAUUUAAUGGGAUUUGAAAUGUGCAAGCUGUCUAAAUAAGAUGCAGUCAAAUAAAGUAUGGUUACGUUGUGUUUGCAUUUUUCUUUUAGAUCCAGCUGUGUGCAUUUUAUGAUUGAGUUGUUUUACUUACUUAGAAAAAACCUCAAGCAAUCGAAUCUGUUCCCCACUUCCUGCCUCCCAUUUCAGUUAUUUGGAAGAAGUGACAUACAGUUGUUAUCUCCACUUUGUGUUCUAACAAAGUAAAUUAGAAAAUAACAUGAACUUUAAGUUUCCUAAAAGUAUUCAAAGUUAGUCAACGCAUAUACCAGAUAUCAAUACAAGUGAGUAUAUUAAACCAAAAACUGUUUUUAUGUCCUUGUUUCAUAGCCGUUUAUUUCUAAGGCAGUUUUUAUUUCAAAAUUUCUGAUUUUUGUUUGUACUUAAGUAAUUUUUUUUACCCUUACCAAGACACCAAAAUAAAAUAGAACAUUAUAUAAAGGGCCUUUUGCCCCAUUCUUGUGAGAAGCUUUAAAUGGUGUUUAUGUAUGUUUUCAUUAUCAGGAUUUAUGGACAUUAGUGGAAAAGAUCUGUUUUGAUCAUGACUGCUAAAUUUUAUCAUGCAUACCAAAUCUUCAAUUUUUUCUUUUAUAGUCAUGUUUUGAAAAUAUCUGAGUUCGUGUUUUACUUGGGCCUUAUGUGGCACUUUAAAUACUUCAUACAUUGUCUAAAUAAGGACCAGAAAGUUGAUACUGUUCUUUCACACCUAUGAACAGAGGUCAGUAUUAACCUGUUGCCCAGAAAUAUAGUGAUACUUUUAAACAACUUUUAAAACAGUUUGAAAAGUCUCAGAAGCAUAUGGCACACUGCACUUUCUUCAGAUCGACGCUGUCUAAUAGCACUUUUUAUGGCGAUGUGAAUGUUCUUUGUGUUCUCCAAUAUGCUAGCCUCCAGUAACGUAGCUACUGAGCCCCUAAACAGUGGCUAGCAUGAAGAACUGAAUUUUUUAUUUUAAUUAAUUGGAAUUGAAAUAGCUACAUGUCACUAGUGGCUACUGUAUUGUAUAGCAUAGCUUUAGAUAAUAUUUAAGCAGUAAAAGCUGAGGAAAGCAUGUUUUGAAUAUGAUUUUUAAGACCAUACUGUUGAAAUACGAAACACAAGGAUCAUGGUUAAAAAUCGCCUCUGAGCAAAAGAGUAUAGCUGCACUAUUUAUGCUGACAGUCUAUUUCAUUAAUACAGUAUCUGACUGACACCACCUCUCUCCCUGGCUCUGUUAUGUAGUACUUCUGAGGAAAGUAGCCUUUUCCAGUUUUUAUUAUUUGUAAGUUCUUUGAGUUGCAGAGAUGCACAGAUUCAAGUGCCAAAAGUUGGUUUCUGUUGAGACUGUCAUAUCUUCAGCAUUAAAAUAUAUUACAUAGUUAGACAUAGUAAUUUCUUAUUUUAAGAUGAAUUGAAAUCUUUUCACCUCUGAGGUUGGUUUCUCAUUACUAGUGGUUAUACUAGAAUAUGGAAGAAUACCAUAUUUAUACUUAUUUUUUAAAUCCUGGAAGAUUGAUCAUGUGGAUGCAAAGGCAAAUGUUUUUGUUUCUGAGAGAACCAGGUUAAUUUUAUUUUGUUCUCUGGCCAUGGUGUGUCACCUUUGAUUCUAGCCGGUCAUCUAGUGAAUGGUACAUCAAAAGCACAGGAGUGUGGGGAUGGGAGUGCCAGACUUGGUACAGCCUGCUAGCACAGCUGGUGAAAGAACUCACACACAGCACAAGUUCUGUUGAGAUCAAUCAGUAUUUAAUCUGCAUAUGAAAAAGACCAAGGAAUGACCGACCACCCAAGUGCCAAAAUCUAUCUUUAAAAAAUGUAAACGGUGCAUGCAGGGGUUAUAAUGUAAGGUUUUUAAAGUGCUAAGAAAUAAGCUCAUUUUUAGUUAUGGAUUUUCAUGACUACCUCUUUGCUGUAUGACUAUUCUCAAUUUUCUAAUACCUCAAUUUCCUGAGAAUCUGUAUGUAUGUUUUUGUAAAUAAAACACCAUAUGCUAGGGGAAGGACCUGGCUUUUAAA